AUGGAGCUUUUCGCAACAGGCUUCAACGCCUGGAACCAGCUCACUUUCACCAAAGGCAGCCCCCAAGAGGCCAUCCCAGAGGAACCAGAUGACCUCUUCGGCUUUACAAAAGUUCUCUCCGCCACAUCCAUUGAACGGCCAGUAUCGCGCCUCACUUACACCAUCGACGACCACCUCAUCCUCGCCGGCCAUGGCCCCUCGCAGCACAACCUCGAGCACCUCUACGCGUCCGCCGAAACCGCAACCGGCCAACUCCUCACCAUCAUCCAUGAAGAUGAAGAUGGCGACAUCAACAACAAGCUAGCCAAGCACGCCUCCCCAUCCUCCUGGUCAUCCGGCGCCAACCCAGACUCAACCUUCACCUGCCGACCCAAAGCAACCCAACUCGCCGCCUUCGACACCGGCUUCGUCAUCCUCCACUCCGACGGCACCGUCUCGACCUUUGGCGACCCUCGCUUUGAAGCUUGUCUUGGAAGAGACACCGAUCCGCCCAACCCCCCACCCGACCUUCCGGGCCCGGUACCCGAUCUCCACGAAAUCGCCUCCUCGGAGGACCCCAUCAAACACGUCACGGCAGGCGGCUCCGCCGUCGCGGCGCUGACGACCAGCGGCAGCGUCUACGUCUGGGGCUCGCGGACGCUCUCGUCGUCAUCAUCCUCAUCAUCAUCAUCAUCAUCAAAGACAGCGGAAAUAUCUCGUCAUCAUCGCCUAGGACAUGGCUUCACAGAACUCUCUGGUAUCCCAAACUACACGGAGAUUGAUGGCGGAAAGGAUGUCGUAGAUGUUGCCCUGGGGGAGGGCCAUGCCAUUGCGCUGACGGCUGAUGGGCUUGUGUAUGUCGUUGGCGAGAAUGCUAAUGGCCAGCUGGGAUUGGGCGAGGUUGGUAAGGGGGUGUCCGGCACAGAUGGAUGGCUCAAGCUUCGAUUCGAAGCUCCCGAGGGUUCCAAGAUUGUGGGAGUCGCGGCUGGCCCACGGUCGUCCUUUAUCCUUACAGCUAAGCUAUAG